AUGGGCUUAGCAGGCGUACGAUCCAUUUGGCCAUGUUUGUGGUGUAAGUGGAACAAAGAUCAAGUUAUCUAUUCGGCUGAUGACGUAGAAGCUGCAACAACACAAUCUCACACAACGACCUCCACAACAGCUUCAAAUGUGAAUGCGGCUGAGUCGGAAAGUCAACAUCAACCGAGUCAAGGCGAUGAUGAGUUAGAUGAGAGCGAAUUUUAUAUUAGUCAAAACUAA